AUGAGCGUUGUCGGUAUUGAUCUCGGUGCCCAGAGCACCAAGAUCGGUGUUGCCCGGAACAAGGGUAUUGAUAUUAUCACCAAUGAGGUUUCCAACCGACAGACCCCUUCCCUGGUCGGAUUCACCGCUCGCUGCAGACACAUCGGUGAGGCCGCCAAGACAGGAGAGACCUCGAACCUGAAGAACACCGUCGGCUCCCUCAAGCGCCUGAUCGGCCGCUCAUUCGACGACCCCGAUGUCCAGAUUGAGCAGAAGUACAACUCGGCGACCCUCUGUGACGUCAAUGGCCAGGCCGGUGUCGAGGUCAGCUAUCUCGGCAAGAAAGAGAAGUUCACGGCGACUCAGCUGGUCGCCAUGUACUUGACCAAGAUCAAGGACAUCACCACCAAGGAGCUGAAUGCUAUCACUCCUGUGUCCGAUGUCACUAUCAGUGUUCCCGCCUGGUUUACCGAUGUCCAGCGCCGGGCCAUGAUCGACGCGGCUGAAAUUGCUGGUCUCAAUGCUCUCCGUCUCGUCAACGACACCACCGCCACCGCCCUCGGCUGGGGCAUCACCAAGCUGGACCUGCCCGGCCCGGAGGAGAAGCCCCGUCGCGUCGUUUUCAUCGACAUCGGUGCCAGCGACUACACUGCCAGCAUCGUUGAGUUCCGCAAGGGCGAGCUGAACGUCAAGGCCACCGCAUGCGACCGUCACUUCGGUGGCCGCAACUUCGAUAUCGCCCUGGCCGAGCGCCUGGCCGAUGAGUUCAAAGAGAAAUUCAAGAUCGACAUCCGCACUAACCCCAAGGCCUUUUCUCGUACCGUCGCUGCCGCCGAGAAGCUCAAGAAGGUCCUCUCUGCCAACCCCCAGGCUCCCAUGAGCAUUGAGUCUCUGAUGAACGAUGUCGACGUCAACACCGUCAUGAAGCGUGAUGACCUCGAGGAGAUGGUCAAGCCCCUUCUUGACCGGAUCACCGUCCCUCUGGAGCAGGCUCUCGCCGAGGCCAAGCUCACUGUUGAGGACAUUGACCAGAUUGAGAUGGUUGGUGGCUGCACCCGUGUCCCCGCCAUCAAGGACACCAUCAGCAAGUUCUUCGGCAAGGGCCUGUCCUUCACUCUCAACCAGGACGAGGCUAUUGCCCGUGGUUGCGCUUUCUGCUGCGCUACUCUGUCCCCGAUCUUCCGUGUCCGUGACUUCUCUGUCCACGACAUCGUGAACUACCCCAUCGACUUCACCUGGGAGCAGUCACCCGAGAUCCCUGAUGAGGAUACCAGCCUCACCGUCUUCGGUCGCGGCAACGUUAUGCCCUCCACCAAGAUCCUGACCUUCUACCGCAAGCAGCCCUUCGACCUCGAGGCCCGCUACGGCCAGCCCGAGGGCCUGCCCGGCAAGGUCAACCCUUGGAUUGGCCGUUUCUCUGUCAAGGGUGUCCAAGCCGAUGCCAACGACGAUUUCAUGAUCUGCAAGCUCAAGGCCCGUCUGAACCUUCAUGGUAUUCUGAACGUUGAGUCUGGUUACUACGUUGAGGACAUGGAGGUCGAGGAGCCCAUUCCCGAGGAGGGUGAACAGAAGGAUGGUGAUGCCAUGGACACUAAGAGUGAUGAGCCACCUAAGACCCGCAAAGUCAAGAAGCAGGUUCGCAAGGGUGAUCUGCCCAUUGUCUCCGGCACCGGUGCUACGGAAGACUCCGUCAAGCAUGCCUGGGCUGAACGCGAGAACGCCAUGUACAUGGAAGACAAGCUCGUUGCCGAAACUGAUGAGAAGAAGAACGAGCUUGAGACCCGCGUCUACGAGUAUCGUGAUAAGUUCUUUGACGGUGGCAUCUACGCCGAUAUUCUCGCAAAUUUCAAGUCAGAGAAGGAAGACGACCCCCCGAAGUACGAGCAGCUGGACAAGAUGCUCAAGGGGCUUGUGGAGUGGCUAGAGGAGGAUGGCUGGGACAGCACCAAGGCCAUCUACGUUGCCAAGCAGGAAGAACUUCGCUCCCUUGUCGGACCCAUCAUCCAAAAAUACAAUGAUAUCGAGAACAAGAAGAUUGAGGAAGCCGAGGAGGCCGCCGCCGCCAAGAAGCGCGCCGAGUUCGAGGCUAAGAAGGCCGCGGAGCCCAAGGAGGCUGACGCCGAGAUGAAGGACGCUCCGGAGACCGAGGAGAAGCAGUAA